AUGAUGCAAUGCUGCCAACAGUUAAAUGAACUCGGCGGCAAUGGUAAAAAAGAAAACAUCAUGACGCUACUACUAAAAAACAUGUGGCGGAGUGUACUGAGCGGCAGAUCGUUGAACAGCUCUCUGCGGUCAAGAAGCUUUACCUCAGACAUGACAGAGAUGUCGCUGUCACAAUCCCCAGAUGUUGUAAUGACCAGUAUCAAGACUGCGCUGAGCGCCGCUGACGUGUUACAUGCUGUACAGACCAAUUUAGCGGUAAUGAACCAUAAGCAUAUGCUUCAAGCGUUUAGGUGCUUAUUCAACCUACAGAGAGCUUGCAAAAUACCUGGCGAAAUUGAUCACUUAGUAAAGGAUCCCACAUUUGGAGUUUUGUGCCAGAAUUUUAAAAAGCAAGCAAGAGCACUAGAUGUAAAUGAAGCUAUAGAAGCCACAAAGGUUCUUACUUAUCUCAAGGUCCCAGCUGAUUCUGUCGUUGUCCAGACAAUGCUGCAACUGAUAAAGACCAACAUCAAUAUGAUAAGCUUACGGCAGAUAAUGUUCAUGGACUUUCUUUUAACCAGAUUCGAUACUAAGAAUCAUCUUGUCGAUGCAUUAAAGCUGGCUCUUCCUUUAGCCUUCCAAAUACAUUUGCCAAUUGAGAUUGACAAUCAGGACUUAUCCUUAUUAAGAGAUAUGUUGUCUUAUGCCUGCUCUCAUGACCUUCCAGAACGUUGCAUUAACAAUAUAGUAACAGGCUUGCUGUUACAUGAUCAGGCGAUUGAUGCCCAAAUCGCUAAAUCUAUAAUAUGGUCAUUAUGUCAAGCAAACUGCACCGAGCAAUUAUACCCGACGCGGGUACAAUUACUCCAUAUUUGCUACGAUAUACUAACACAGCGGCUUAACCAGCUGACGUACGAUGAGGUCUUGAGUACUGUUGCCAGGAUCAAGGGCAGGAUCCUGGAGAAACACCCGGAGUAUUACCAUGAACAGCUUAUGGAUGCUGUUGCUCAAUACAUGGUGAAAAAUAAAGUCAACUUCGAGAAAAGCUUACUAGUGGCUCGUAUACUGUCGCGAACAGCACAUACGAAUUUAGGGUUGGUCGAAUACCUGUGUAACCUUGCAGCCUCCAACAGCGCUACUCUUGCGACGUGUCGUACAAACAUACUUCUCGGCUUCAUCAAUUGCUUGUCAAAUAACAAUUACGAACCAGAACAGAUGCAGUGGAAAGAAAUUCAACGGCAAAUAUCAAAAAACCCGGUAUUGGAUGGCAAAAAUAAUGCUUUACCGUGGGCGAAAAUUUGUCUUGAGUUGGCUUCUUUAGGACAUUACGAGGAUAAGUUACUGACUAAAGUAUUUUCAAAGACUUACUUUGAUGAUUUCCACAUAAGAGAUACUAACAUGUUGGAUUAUCUCCAACUCCUGACCCUCCACGAGGCUGUCAGAACCUUCUAUAGCGACAAGUAUGGGCUUCCAACGGAAGUACUUGAGAAGGCGAAGUCGAUAUACCCUGCUCAUGCGUUAACGGAUCAAUUAGAAGAUCAUCUCGCACAAGGAUUGGGAGGUGCUCAAUAUGUUGUGAGGAAUGUACUGCUUCCGAAUGGGUUUGUUGCAGAUUGCCUGAUUUGCCUCCAAAAUGGAUAUCCAGUGCAGAUGCCAAUUUGUAGCGGUGACUUGAAAGUGCCUAUUGGAUACCUAAACUUACCCGCUGGUAGCAUAGUGGUGUGCGUGAUGAAUUUCGCACCAAGUUGUUUCUCAAUGAACAGCAACCGCCUCCGUGGUACCUUCAGACUGGUGUUAGACAUAUUAGAGAAACAGGGAUACGCAACUGUACCGAUUAACAUAAACGAGUGGCUAUCAGCUCCUCCCCACGAAAGGACGCAAUAUCUGAUUAGGGAAGUGGGCUACAAAUGCGGGGAAAUUGGUUUGAAAUUGUCCACAUGCAGUUCUUGA